UUUGAUGCACAAAGCCUGUAAAUCCCCUAAAGGCGCAGCAAUCUCUUCAGUAUUUUGCAAUCUUCACGGACGAAAAAACCGACCUAAGAAGCUAACAAAAAAAACAAUCGUUAUAAAUAUCGAAUAGGGAAGAUUUCGGUACGAUCGGGUCCACGCUCUCCUUUGCCAAAGGUAACGAUGUCGAAGCGACAGUUAAUUUCAUCCGAAGAAGAUACAGAUAAGGGAAAAGUGGCCAAAAUCGGUGACACAGACCACGACGAAAACACAGCACACAACAACAUGGCUGUUGCAACUCCAGCAAAAACUGGCAAGCGAACGGAUUACCUUAGUUGGGAUGAAUACUUCAUGGCGGUCGCAUUUCUUUCGGCUCAAAGAAGCAAAGAUCCGAACUCCCAAGUAGGAGCCUGUGUGGUGAAUCCUGAAAGGAAGAUUGUUGGUAUUGGAUACAAUGGGAUGCCUAAUGGCUGCAGUGACGAUGAAUUACCUUGGGCGAGACAAGCAGAGAGCAAUCUAGAAACAAAAUAUCCUUAUGUUUGCCAUGCUGAACUGAAUGCCAUUCUGAACAAGAAUGCUGCAGACAUUAAGGGCUGUAGCAUCUAUGUUGCCCUUUUUCCCUGCAAUGAGUGCACCAAGUUGAUCAUUCAAGCUGGAAUCAAGGAAGUCAUUUAUUAUUCUGAUAAGUACCAUGAUCAACCAAACUGCAAGGCAUCGAGGAGGCUACUCAAUAUGGCCAAGAUAACUUACAGGACAAGGGAUGAUACUUAUGAACAAAGGGCAACAACAGGAGGUUGUCAUGCACUUUAACAUGAAUUUUUGGCCAAAACCUUUAGUUAUUUCUUUUUAUUUUGCUUAAGUUUAUUUUUCAUCAUCAUUUUUACCAUUAGUUAUCAUUAAAUCAAUGAUUUGUGUUUUUUUGCAAGUUUAGUCAGUGAAUUAUUUCAAUGUUCACUCUGACAAGGGGCUGACACUCAAAAUGUCAGCUUUCAAAACUCUCUGCAGUGUCCAAAUUUACAUUAUCAACUCGGCUGAUAAAACCAAUUAGAAAUUAUCUUAUUUCAAAGUUGUUUGAGUACUCAGAAAGUUCAAUGUGCUCAGUGUAUCAAACUCGUGUCAAAAUAAAUUGCAACACCCAUCACUGGGCUAAGAGUGGACAACUGAAAGUAAACAUGUGCAAGCAUUGAGGGAAAAAAAGACAGACAAACAAAUAAACAAAUUUAACAAAAAAUAAUCAUACAAAAUAAAUUUCAAUCAAUGUAAAAUCACUUCUGUAAAUUAAAAGUGCAUAAAUUAUUACAAAGAGAGUUAUUGUAACAAACAACAAAAUACCUAACAAAGAAUGCAACUGAAAGGUACUAACAAAUGGUGCAAAGUGUUUUCGGCCAUGCAAAGUUCCAGCCAGACAAUCCUGUUACCAUUUAAAGGGUUCAUGAAGUUUGGUUUCAAUUCUUAUUUGUCCACUACAAAUAGUUCUCAAAACCAUUUUUGUCAACUUUUAACAUUACAUCUUUAAAUUUACAUUAAUUAAAAAAACUCUUGAAUUAUUAACAGAUCAAAAGUAUUUCAGUAUUUCUCUUUUAUUUUUAUCUAAUGUAUGUAUAUUAACUUUAAUUAGACAGUUAAGUUUAGAGUAACUUCUGAUACGGUGACAGUUGUUUUAAUUAGUAGUGAACCAGAAGAGCUCAAAGCUAUCACAAACUAACUGGUAGAAAAAGAUAAAGGUUUGAAAAUGAGCAAAUCCAGAUGUAUGAUGAUCAUAAAUCUCCCAAUAUAAAGCUGUUUCUAAAGGAUCAGUUUAAACUUUCUGUUCCCUUGCUCUGUUUUUUUUUUGGAAAUAUUCAAUCAUUCUGACUCCAUAUUUUAAUCACAAAAUAAAAUUCAAGGUUAUGCUAUUUUCCAAACUGAUACCAUGCAAAUUAAAUGUUACAUGAAAAAAGAAAAAAAAAAUCAACAAAAGAGUUUUUUUCUAGGGUAACAUAAGUGUGAAUUGUGAUUCCAGUCCUACUUAAAAUAAAUAUAGAUGUCAGGUGCUUGCUUUUGAUAAAUCAAGUUGAUUUGGGGACAAAACAGGCAUCCAUUCCAAAGGCAAACCUCUUCCCCAUUUGCAUCUUAUGUUAAAGGAAGAAACUGGAACUAACACUAAGC